AUGGACACAGAGAACGUAGAAAUGAGAGAGAGAGACAAAGGACUGAGAGUGACAAAUGAGAGAGAUAGAAAGGAGACAGAGAGGGAAAGAAUGGAAAGGCAGCAAAGGCAAAGGAGAGAGAAAAAGGAGAGAGAGAGAAAGAAUAGAGAGCAAAGGGAAAUGAGGAUAGGGAGAGGGGGAAGAGUGAGACAGAAAGAAAGGAGAGAUAGAGGGCAAGGUGAGAGAGAGAGAAAGAAG